AUGCAUUUUUUUUCCACCACUGUGACUAUUCUCGACCUUUCGCCGAAUGAAGUGCUAAAGAACGCGUUGAGCUUGACGCAAGGAGCAAAUCCCAUCACUUGCGAGGGCUCAUCGAGAAAAAGCGAGAUGAUAAUUGAAGCAAUCGAUAAAUCGAAGAUGGCAACAACAACUCGGCCGAAACAAGUGAUAAUGGAAAAGCCGAAGGACGUCUUCUCGAUUUUCAAGAAAGCCGUCAAAAGACCAGCCACAGCGAUGACGGAAGACGGAGAAAGCAUACCGCCUACCUCAUCAACUACUUUCACCCUCGUCAACUACUUGAAAGAGCCUCAAUGGAAAGCCGGACUUAUUGAUGAAUUUGAGGAGCCCUACAUGAAGAACAUCGAAGAAUUUCUACAGAAACAAUAUGAAAAGAAAAUAACAGUGAGGCCACCAAAAGACGAGAUCUUCAAUGCCUUCAAUUUGACUCCACUAAGCGAAGUGAAAGUGGUGAUCCUUGGACAAGAUCCGUAUCACGAUACAAAUCAGGCACAUGGUUUAUCAUUUUCGGUAAAGAAAGGGGUCGCCAUCCCACCAUCACUUGUCAACAUCUACAAGGAGUUAGCUGCAGAUAUCGAAGGUUUCAAUAUUCCAAAACACGGCAAUUUGUUGGGCUGGGCUACGCAAGGAGUUUUCAUGUUGAACGCGGCGCUUUCUGUCGAAUUGCACAAAGCUAACUCACACUCGCAGAUUGGUUGGCACACUUUCACGAACAAGGUAAUCGAAUUUAUCUCAAAGAAUGUACAAUACUGCGUCUUCUUGCUUUGGGGCGCAGAUGCACAGAAAAAGAGCAAGCUGAUCGACCAAAAUCGGCACAAGGUGAUUAUGACAGCCCAUCCUUCACCGUUGAGUUGCUAUCGAGGUUUCAAAGGGAGCCGAUGUUUCUCGGAAGUCAACAAAGCAUUGAAAGAUCACGGGAUGAAGCCGAUCGAUUGGAAUAAUUUGCCG